GGGGCGGGGCUGAGGCUCCCUGCUGAGGUCGUGGUGCUCCCCGCCGCGACUUAACAACGGAAGCAGGGUGGCGGGCUCCUGUGCUGGUGCGGCGGGGGACUCCGGCGCGAGCCUCAGGUAACAGAGGAAGCAGCAAUGUUUCACUUCUUCAGAAAGCCUCCAGAAUCUAAAAAGCCCUUGGUACCAGAGACAGAAGCAGAUGGAUUUGUCCUUUUAGGAGAUACAGCUCAUGAGCAAAGAGUGGCAGCAAGAGGCAAAACGUCAGACAUAGAAGGCAGUGAGACUUUGGAGACUGUCAAAGAAAACUCAUCCAGUGUGACUGUAGCAGGCCCCGAGAUGGAAAAUAAGGCAGGCCAGACUCUGGAAAACAGCUCAUUAAUGGCCGAGCUUCUGAGCGACGUACCCUUCACCUUGGCCCCACAUGUGCUGGCCGUGCAGGGCACCAUCAGUGACCUUCCCGACCAGUUACUCUCCUAUGAUGUCAGCGAAAACUUAUCAAGGUUUUGUCUGUUCCACCUUGAUGGAGUCCUGAGUUCCUGCCUUUGUUUUUUGCUACUUCAUGGUUUGUCCUCUCACCAGCUUUCCAAAGAACGUUCCCUGCUUCUGCCUCAGUUGGCAUUUGUUCUCCUUACCACCUACAUUCCCGGUUUAUGAAGAGAUCCAUAUUUCCUUUCAACCUCUCUGCCUCCCAAAGAAAAGCAUCUCAUAAUGAUAUGUAUUAUUGCUGAUAAAGCCCUUAUUUAGAAAUUCGUUGGCCACAAUACAGAUGGAAAUGUUUUACUGCUACAAAAACCGCAACUGACUCAUUUCCAAUUAGAGUGUAGGCAAAACACCUAGACAGGACUUUUAGUUCGUGAAUAUCUGUUAUUUAUUCCAACUAAAAUAGAAAACUGCCAUUGGUCCAUAAACUGUAAAGGGAAGAGGUAAAUUGUGAUAGAGCAUUUUCUGUGCCAUGGAAAAUUUAAAUCACAUUUGUUCUGAUUAGUGGCAAUAGAGUUUAUUGAUUCUGUGCCAAAUCUUAAAUAUAUUUUUCACAAAGGUAGAGUGCCAUAGCAAAACUAAAUACUGUGAAUAAAGGUACAUGAAUUAUUCAAGUUUUAAUGUGUCGUGCAUGUUUGUUUAAUAUAUGUGGCAUGUCUUGAUAAAAUGUUAUAUUAUUUAAAAGUUAAACGUACAUUUCUAUUGACAGAAAUAUACUUCACUUACAAAUAAUGCUACCAUAUGAGGUGAAUGAUUAAAUUAGAGCUUCACAGUUUACAUAAAACAUCAGUCUAAGAAAUCUAACUUCUUACUAAGACAAAUGUGACCAUUUUAUAGCAGUUUUUGUGAAAACAUACCUUUUUUUUCAAUAUCCGUGUUAAUGUACAGCCAAUGUUAAAGCCAAAUGUAAGCACAUUAUCAAUUUGUCUAUGUGUUAAAUUUUGUCUAAAGUACUUAUACAUUUCAUUUAUA